AUGAAGACCUUCGUCGUCCUCGCUUCCCUCGCCGCCUGCGCCCUGGCCCAGCGGCUGCACAUCCAGGAGCCCACCUCAGGCCAAACGGUCUCUGGCAGCGGUACCGUCACCGUUGAGCUCGAGCAGGACCAAUCCCUCGGCCCGCUUGUGCAGACCUCGGUGCUCAUCGCCAUGAACAACUGCUUCGACGUCUGCAGCGAGCCCGACCAGUGGGGCCCGGCGACGGUGCUCUACAAUGGGCCGUUCAACCCUCAGUUCAACUCGUCCGCUCCGGAGAAGGGAGUUUACCAGGAUUUCGCCAUCCAGCUUCCAGGUUUCCAGUCUGGCGGGGCGAUCAUUCAGGUUGCACACCAGUUCCAGGCGGGCGGGGCGACGCUCACCAAUGUCUUUGACUAUUCGACGGUUCAAGUCAAUGUCCAGUAA